CAAAAAGAAAAUCUCACCCCUCUCUCCCUCACCCCCCAUCUCGGCCAGCACCCAAGAAAGAAGCAAGAGUAAUUUUCCAUCCUCCAUUCUCCAUCUUUGAAGAGAGCUCAAGCUUAAGGAGUCCAAAAGGAGGUCUUUGAGAAGGAAAAAGUGAGGAGAAAGUGAGAAGGGUUAAGGGACUUGACUUAAGCAUUUUUGAACCUCGCCGGAGUUUCGCCGGAAUUGGUCAAAGUACGCCGGAGUUGGUCAAAGCUUGCCGGAAUUAGUCAAAGUUCAAAUCGGGGAACGUAAAACGCGCUUAAGCUCACUUAAGUUUCAGGUAGGGGAUAAAGCUCGCUAUCUUUGCCGUUGCUUGGGAAGCUUGAAGGAGAGAAGACGUGAAAUGGAACGUACCGGUAGAGUUACUCGACGGAACCCGACGGGCCAGGCACUGGGAGGAUCCCAACGUGGCAGUCGGGGGGGAUCAAGUGAGUCUAUGGGACAGGGCCGUGCAGGCCACUCGCUGACCGUGAGUGACGGUCACGUGGAAACAAUAGAUGAGCACUAUGAGUCCGAGGAGGAUUCAACUUACCAACCGGGAACUGGGCCAGUUGAGACCCCAUAUGAUGGGGAACACGACGAUGCUAGUGACGAGAGUGAUGAUAAUGACGCUCUUGAACGGAUUGAGGAAUUGCUCCGGCAAUACCAACAAGAUCGCCAAAGGCGCCGGGCAAGGCGUGCUUUGGAAAGAGCUUCGAGGAGAGGAAGCCGCGCGACUCCUAGGGAGAGCAUUGAACCCCGAGGAGGUCGAGGUGCCGAGGUUCCUAUUAUACGGAUCUCGAAGUACCUCAAGGAGGCAAGGGAGUUGGGCUGUAAACCGUUUGACGGAACGGGAGACAUCUCCGUUGCGGCCGAAUGGAUCAAGAGAUUCAACGAAGCGGCCCUUGACAUGCAACUGCCACCCCACAUGAAGAUGAGGGUGGCAACAAGAUUGCUAGAAGGCAUGGCGUCCACAUGGUGGGACGGAGUUAAAGGGAAGUACGGCGAGGCCGUCACUUGGGAGAACUUUAGGCAAGAAUUCUUUAGCCAAUACUACUCCGACUUCGAGGUGAACUUGAAGAGGAGGGAGUACACGAAUUUGACCCAAGGAGGGGAAUGCACGGUGAAGGAACUUGAGCACAAAUUCAGAAAGCUUGCCGAGUUCAUACCGGAGUACAUUUGUGAUGAAAAUCGGAUGGUGAACCAUUUCUGGGAUGCCUUGGACCUUGACAUACGCGAGAGGGCAACACAAUUGCCUAAUAUGACAUUUAGUCAAGUGGUGGAACAAGGUUUGAAGGGAGAGAAGGAGUGGGAAGAGAGGAAGCGAAGAAAUGCCGAGGAGGCAAAGAAAAGAAAAUGGGAGAGCCAUGGUUCCCAAGGUUCAAACAAGAAGGGGAAUCACGGGGGAGGAGGAUCCUUCAGGGCACCCGCACUACCAUCAAGGGGGAAUCCCAACAUGGGUGGGCGAAACUCGGGGUCACAAGCCUCGACGAAGCCCAAGUGCAGGAAUUGCAAGAGAAACCAUGAGGGCAAAUGUCGCGAUCCCCCACGGUGCUACCAAUGCGGGGAUACGGGGCACAUAAAGCCCAACUGCCCACAACUUGGUGGGAACCGAGGGGCGGGAUCAAGCGGCCCUACUACGGCAAGUAGGAACCGAACCGGAGCACCUCAUGCUAGUACGGGCCAAGGGGGAGCAAGCACGAGCAAUGCGCCGUCCGUUAACCAAGGAAGGACCCAAGCAAGGGUCUACGCAAUGACGGAGGCGGACGCCCGAGCUAACCCAGAUUCGGUUGCAGUUUCAGGUAGGGGAUAAAGCUCGCUAUCUUUGCCGUUGCUUGGGAAGCUUGAAGGAGAGAAGACGUGGUUCGUGCUUCCUCCGUUCCUAUUUUAAAAUAUUUAAAUUAAUGCUCAUGGAUACUAUUUUCCGAAUAAUUAUUUAGGGCUUGUAUGCCCGUGUUUGCCACGUGUGGCUCGAAUGCUUGUAUUGAUAUUUCCGCUGCUUAAUGAAAUGAUUUACAUUAUGAUUGUUUAUGGAUGUACUAUUGUGAAUGGUAUUCAAGACGCC